AGCAGCCUCAUUACUCUUUAAGGGGAAACAUGGCAUUGGCAGCUAAUGCUACUCCCUCUCUGGCCUUCGCUUCUUCCUCCUUACUGAACCACAAUCCCCAAUUUGGUGCUGCUCCCAAACGAUUCGUUUCUUCUUCUUCUUCUUCUUUGUGCCUUGCCGCGGGGCUCAGCUCCAAGGCUAGGGCCUUCAGUUUCUCUGCCUCGGCUGCGGCCCUUGACGGAGAAGAACUCGCGGUGGAAGAAACGUGGAAGCUAGCGAGACCAACCGAAGUGUACGUCUGCAACCUUCCACGAAGCUGUGACACGGAGCAACUACUUCAUAUGUUCAACCCUCACGGAACCGUUCUCUCUGCCCAGGUUUAUUGCUUAUUUAACAUCCUACUAUCUUCUGUUUUCUUGUUCUUUUGUUUAUCCCUCGUGAUUUCUCUUUUUCAGGUUUGCCGGAGUGCGGAAACUGGUGAAAGUAGAGGGAGUGCUUAUGUCACAAUGGCUUCUAUUAACUCGGCAAGAAAAGCAAUUGCGGCAUUGGAUGCAUCGGAUUUUGGUGGGCGUGAAGUGCGGGUUAGAUUUUCAGCUGAGAUGAAUCCCAAGAGAAGGAAUCUUGAAACAAUGAACUCAUCACCCAAGAGAGUUAUAUACUAUGAAGGUCCUCAUAAGUUGUAUGUUGGCAAUCUUUCCAGGAGUGCGGGGCCUCAAGACUUGAAACAACUUUUUGGUAGAUUUGGUAUUGUAGCUAGUGUAAGGGUGUUGCAAGAUUUGAGGAAAGGGAAUCGCAGGGUCUAUGCGUUUGUCUCUUAUCAUUCAGAGUCAGAACGUGAUGCAGCAAUGUCGCUCAAUGGAACAGAAUUUUUUGGUCGUGUGCUAGUGAUUAGAGAGGGUGUAGAGAGAGAGGACUGAGACCUAACUGGAUAUUCAUAUUUUCCAUAGAGAUUGUUGCAAUUUUGAUUGUUUUGGGAGGAUGCUCUCUGUUCUGGCUUUUGGGGGGCUUAUAGGCUCCUUUGACCAAACUAAGCUUGAUGCAAGAACAUUCCUGAGCUAGAAAAUGUCAGCAAGCAGAGUUGACCUACUUUGAAAAGUCCAUUAAAAUUGCAAUCAGCAAUGUCUCUGUAUAUUUGAAAUUUGAAACAUGCUUUUCUGAGUGACAAAGUAUUCAACUUAAGGUCAAGAACAAAGACUGCCAGACCUGAUAAGGAACUUCUCUUCCAUUGUUUUUACAUAUCUAUAAAUAUUUAAAUCUACUGUUGACAAGAAAAAAGUAAUGUGAGAAAGAUUAUUGAGCCAACUUUUUA